CAUCCCACCCCGCAGCCUGUCCCUCAGUUAAGCCCCGCCUCCCGCGCUGAUUGGCGGAGAGACGGCGGGGGGCGGCCGUUAUUGGAGGAAGGGGCGGUGCGGCGUGAAGCCGGCGGCGGCGGCGGCGGCAAUGGCGGAACCCACGGAGCUGGACGCUGCGGCGCUGGAGCUGCUGGAAGCGCUGGAAACGCUUCAUCAGAGACGCCAGUUCCUCACGCAGCUCCUGCGGCAGGGCUGGCUGUCCCUCUCGCAGGCCCGCUACUCCCUGGGCUGGCACCGCGUCUCGGCCCUGCAGUACGGGGCCACCAUGGCCCCACGGGUCCGGGUGCUCCACAGGCAGGAGCUGGGGGGAUCCCCGCGGUUUGAGGAGGUGCCGGGGACGGAGCCCGAGGCCCAGCUGGGGGGGGACGGGCUGCGUCAGCGCCGGGGUCCCCCCGAGAAAGGGGGUGCUGCCCCCGCCCGCGCCCCCCCCGACCCCCUGGCCUGGUUCGGGGUGCUGGUGCCCCCCAGCCUGCGGCAGGCGCAGGGCUGCUUCGUCCAGGGGGUGACAGUGGCGGUGGAGCUGGCGGGGCUGCAGGGCGCCGUGAUGGCCGCCGCCACCCGGUACCGCGCCCUCCUGCGCCGCGGCGGCGGGGAGAGCGGGGACAGCGAGGGGGAGGGCGAUGAUGGCGAGAAGGACGGCGGUGGCGACGUCAAGGGGGACGGCGGGGGCAAGAGCGAUGCCGCCGAGACCGCGGGCGACGCGGCGACGCGCUGAGGAUGGUGAUGUCGCCACACCCCCCCCCCCCCAAUAAAGGCGCCGUUGGC